AUGGAGCGCCACCGGCAGGCAGUGCGGCUCAUCGCCUCGACGGUGCGGUCCUUCUUCGAGCGCGCGGAGCCCUACCGCAUCUUUCACGGCAGCACCAACAGUACGCGUCCCGCGCACCUCAAGGCGCAGACGCGACUCGUCGACAUCAGUGCGUUGUCGCACGUACUCGAGGUCAACACCGCCAGCCGCACCGCCCUGGUCGAGCCCAACGUGCCCAUGGACCGCCUCGUCGAGCACACCCUGCCUUAUGGUCUUGUGCCCCCCGUCGUCAUGGAGUUCCCGGGAAUCACGGCCGGCGGCGGCUUCGCCGGCACCGCGGGCGAGAGCUCGUCGUUCCGUCAUGGGUAUUUUGAUGAGAAUGUGGAGGGGGUGGAGAUGGUGCUUCCGAAUGGCGACGUCGUGUUCGCGAAGCGGCCGUCCAAAGAAGGGGGUGCCGGGGAGUACGCCGAUCUGUUCCGCGGCGCGGCGGGCGCGGUGGGCACGCUGGGCGUGACGACGUUGCUGGAGCUGCGGCUUAUCGAGGCGAAGCGCUUCGUGCGGACUACGUAUCGACGGACGAGCAGCGUGGCCGAGGCGGUGCGGGUCGUGAGGGAGGAGACGAAGAGGGAGGGCAACGACUACGUGGAUGGCAUCCUGUUCUCCAAGGGCCAUGGCGUCGUCGUCACGGGGCAGAUGACGGACGAGCUGCCGCAGGGCGCCAAGGUGCGCACGUUUAGUCGGGCGUGGGAUCCGUGGUAUUACAUGCAUGUGCGGGAGACCACGAAGGCGCUUCCGUCGUGUGCGUCUGCAACAGCUACUACUGCUACUGAUAUCUCGUCCUCGGCCGCUGAAUCGGAGACGCAACAGCAGGCCGAGGGCUCCCUCACUGAGUACAUCCCGCUCGCCGAGUAUCUCUUCCGCUACGACAGGGGCGGGUUCUGGGUCGGGCAGGCGGCCUUCGACUACUUCCGCCCCGUGCCUUUCACGCGCUUCUUCCGCUGGUUCCUCGACGACUUCUUGCACACACGCAUGCUGUACCGCGCUCUGCACGGCAGCGGCGAGAGCGCGCGCUUCUUCGUGCAAGACCUCGGCAUCCCCUACGACACAGCCGAGGCCUUUGUCGACUACACGACCGACACGCUGGACAUCUGGCCGCUGUGGCUGUGCCCCCUCAAGACGCCCGCAGGCCCCAGCUUCCACCCGCAUCUCCGGGCCCAGAAAGGCGCGCCCGCCGGUGAGAUGCUUAAUAUCGGCGUCUGGGGCUGGGGCCCCAAGGACCGCGAGGAGUUCGUGCGCGUCAACCGCGCGCUCGAGGCCAAGGUCGACGAGCUGGGCGGCAUGAAGUGGCUGUACGCGCACACAUAUUACGAGGAGGACGAGUUCUGGAGGGCGUACGGCAACCGGUCGUGGUACGAGGCGCUUCGAAACAAAUACAAGGCCACGGCGCUGCCGAGCGUGUACGACAAGGUCAAGGUGAAGACGGGCCCGCCGGAGAGCGGGUGGAAGCCGUGGUUGAAGGCUUGUUGGCCUGUGGGCGGGUUGUAUGGCAUUUGGAAGGGGAUACGGAGUCGGGAUUACCUUUUGCAUCGGGGGGCUACGUGGAAGUGGACGGGUGGGGGUGAGAAGGUGAAGGAGAAGACUUUGUAA